CACUGUCACAUCUGCAGCGUGUUUUAAUUAUUUUACAGACUUUGCUUUUAGGAGUCAGCCAGCUGUUUAUGCCCUCAAAUCAAAUCUUUAUUGGCAUGCUAUUAUUCCCCGUCAUGCACAAAGAGAAAGUCCUGCACAGAAAUUCCAAAGAUUAGUGUUAAAUCAUGUUCAAUUGAAUUAUUCUGUUUAAAAUUAAGUACAGCCGGAAACUAGGGAACGGCUGACAGGUUUACCUACUACAGAAUGUGUGCCUUCCUGCAGGGGGUGGCUAAACAGAAAGCCACAAUUUCCGUUUUUAGACUUACACAGAAAAAAAAGGGGGGGGAGAGAGAAAGGAAGUUGAGGUUACUGUUUUAACAACUAGCUGAGCUGGAAGCUGUCCUGAAACAUUUCUGUCCCUGGCUAACCCUGUUACAUAAGUGGUUCUCCCGCCAUACUGUAAAUGCAGUGGUAUGAUCCAUGAUAGAACUGAAGCCUUUUGGACAACAGGACAGCAGAGAAAGGUUAUUUACUGAAGAAGUGGACUGAGUGGACUGUUCCUUUACUUUUCCACGGCACAGAGACUCAGCUGGAGAUGGCGUUUGUUGCAUAUGAGAUGUUCCUCACUGAUGUCUGUGUCUGCCUCCCUCUGACCCUUCUGCUCAUCGCUUUUUCAUGUCGUGUUAUACUACAAAGUAAGCAGGUUCCUGUCAUCUAUUACACAAACCUCCUCAUCACCACUCUCCUCCAGCUCUGUGCAAUGAUCGCGUUGGUGGCAAACGCAGGCCAGGUUACCUACGACUCUGUCUCCAUUUCUGUUUAUGCCGCCAGUAUGAUGGCCAAUCUUGGCUUCAAAGCAUGCAUUGCUCUGGAAAGAUUGUCUGCCGUCACCUGCCAGCUGUUGGACUUCAUCAGACACAUGAAGGGUUCUGUGGUGGCUUGUGUCGUGAUCUGGAUCCUUUGCAUUGUCACAGUCUGUCUCGCAGUAGAGAAAGUAUUUCUUGUUUCUAUUCUUGCCCUCUUCUUUGCUCCCCUCUUCAUCCUCUUCUUAGCAGGGAGCCUCAUGGCCCUUCCCGCUGCCACCUCGGUGCCUGUUGACGAAAAACGAAGAAUCAUGGGUGCUGUCGUUCUGCUGUUCCUUAACUACUUUGUGAUGAUCUUUCCCAUGAUCACCUUGACUCUUCAUGCCAGAUCACAUCAGCCAGAUGCGUAUUCCGUAGAUGCUGUUCUGAGAUUAUUUCUGCUCAGUCCUUUUGCAGAUUUGAUUCUAUUUGUUUUCAUGUGGAAAGGGUGGACUGACAGGCUGCUGGCAUAUCUGUGCUGCUGCAUCAGUGAUGUUAGCGCCGCAUCAGCAGUGUGACCCACGGUAGUACAGACCGGUGGGUUGACGUUGGCAGAGAAAAAGGGGAGCGAAAGAUGGGAGAGAUGCAGGAAAAAACUGAGAUAUGCAAA